AUGAUGGGAGCUAAUGUCCUCCCGCUGCCCGCGCAGUUGAGCUCGCGGUCAGCAACAACCAGUCCAACCGAUUCGAACUUCACAGGAACACCCUCGUUGACCGAUACCAUCUCCAAUUUUCUACCUCGAUCGACUCGUCGCCAGACAGUGUGCUUUGACUCCCUCGGAUCCCACGAGGAAUCCUUUCCCAAACAGAGUCGCAGGGACUCGAUCUUCAGAAAGCUGGCGGGACCACGUGAAAACGCGAAGCGAUUCCUUCGCUUACGCUCGUCUGGAGUUCCAGCGCCUGUACAGCGCACCCCUAGUAUACGACCAGUCUCGGAGAUUAUCAUUUCGCCGUCGCCGCCGACAUCGGUCGACUUGGAUCCCGAUAUGCGCUCCGAGUCCUCCUCCCUGACGGAGGUGAUGCCCCGGACAGUGUCCGAUCAGGAUGUCUCGUCGCCUGAUUUGACCACCCCAUUUACGCCCUUGCCCAAUGAGAAGAUUGUGGCUACCGGUAGUGGUAUUUCGGUGGGGAUCGCUCUCACGGAACCAGUGCUUUAUUUGCAGGGUUAUGAUCACCACGACCCGAGUAGUAAAAAGUCCGCUAUUCUGCGCGGACAACUCCACUUGAAAGUGACCAAGUGUAUCAAGAUUAAGAAGAUCUCGAUCUGUUUCCGCGGCCAUGCUCAGACCGACUGGCCAGAUGGCAUCCCGCCCAAGAAGAUCCAUUUCCACGACAAGAAAGAUCUUGUCACUCACGGCGUGAUUUACUUCAACCACGGCGAUACCGCUCUAAUGCAGAAUGAUUACGGCGCGCAUUAUUACCAUCACGCCAAACCAGUCUCAGCCGCACCAGGCAAGGACGUAGUGACCAUGUCAACCCGAGAACUAUUCUCUAACCGAAGUUCCGUCACCACACUCGCUGCACCGACCAGCCGAGAAACCAAGCGCCUCUCUUUGCAGACGAACCGCGGCCACUCGCGCAGCUUCAGCAGGAAUGAGCCCCCGACCACCCAGACCCAGCCUCAGCGUAACUAUCGCAUGUUCCCCGUGGGCGACUAUCUCUACAGCUUCGAGUUCCCUAUCGAUGGCUCAUUGCCCGAGACGAUCCGAACCGAUCUUGGCUCUGUGCGAUAUGAUCUGGAAGCGAUGGUGGAACGGUCAGGCGCAUUCCGGCCCAAUCUUCUGGGCAGUAUGGAGAUUCCAGUAAUUCGUACUCCUGCCGAGGGAUCGCUGGAACAGGUCGAGCCGAUUGCAAUCUCGCGCAACUGGGAGGACCAGCUGCAUUAUGAUAUUGUCAUCUCCGGGAAGUCUUUCCCAAUGGGCUCACAGAUCCCGAUCGCGUUCAAGUUGACACCACUUGCCAAGGUGGAAUGCCACCGCAUCAAGGUGUAUGUAACAGAGAACAUUCAGCACUGGACUGCCGACAAGAGUGUCCAUCGUUUGCAACCAGCGAAGAAGGUGCUUCUGUUUGAGAAGCGGGCCGACUCGUCAAGUGUGAGCACAUACCCUGGCAGUUCCAUGCGUGUCACGGCAGGCGGCGGUAUCGAUUGGGAUCACCGCGCAGCUGCCGCACGAGGACAGGAGAUCGUGGAUCGCAACCGAACGAACCUGUUGGGCAAUCUCUCCAACGACUCCGGCGUGGGUCCCACUGAAAUGGAAUUCAAUGUUCAACUCCCAAGCUGUCAAGAAAUGAAGGGUCGCGAUGAAGGCCAGCGCCUGCACUUUGACACAACGUACGAAAACAUCCAGAUCAACCACUGGAUCAAAAUCGUCCUUCGCCUGUCUAAAGUCGACGAACGAGACCCCACCAAACGCCGUCACUUCGAAAUCUCCAUUGACUCUCCCUUCCACAUCCUCUCCUGCAAAGCAACCCAAGCAAAUAUCUAUCUCCCAGCCUACACCCAUCCAGCCACCGACCCCGAACCCCCCGCCCAAGAAUUCGAAUGCGGUUGCCCCGGUGCACCCCUCGCACCCCGCGAUCGCAUCCCAACCCCCUCAAUCUCCGACCGCGAAGAUAGCAACCCGAACCUCGCCCGCCGCGGCUCCACUGGCCACACCUUUGCUCGCAGUUUCACCAACAGCUCCGGAGGCCUCGCUAGACCUCCACAGGCGCACCUCGCCAACCCAGCCCUAGACCGUGGGCCGAACCCGCCUAGACCGAUGCACCUCCUCCGCGCGCCAUCUUAUGCUCCCCCGCCGUUCGAGGAUGUGCCCCCGCCUCCGCCGCUUGUCACUCCUCCACCGGAAUACACCACCAUCGUCGGUGAUGGGGAUCGCGAGAGCGUGCUCGAAGAUUAUUUCUCCAGAUUAUCCUUCUAUGAGGAGCACGAAGAUGACGAUGAUCGGGGACGCGGCCGUGUCGACGUCCCGCUUACACCCGGUGGCCGCGUGAAUCGCAGUAUGGAUGUCCCUCGUGAAUGGGUGCGUAUUGAGGAUUACUUCCAGUAA